AUGAAGAAAACCUUCUACUACAACUUCUUCCCAACGAAAGCUGAGGAAGAAGAGGCAGCCAAAUCCGGCAGUAGCGACUUGAAUCUCCCAGUGAAGCGGGAGCUCAUCGAGAUAAGGGACUUUUAUCCCCCACCGGAAGCAGACCCUGCCAAUCCAUGGAAGAUCAAAAAAAUUGUGAACAAUACCGAUGUUCUUACAGGAAAACUUGUAUUGCUGCAGAAUGAUGUAUUUGAGCAUAUUUUUCGAUACUGGAGCUUGGACAUUUGCAACCAGGUUGUGAAGGGUAACAAGGUUUAUACUGCAGUGUGGGACCUUACCCCUGAGCCUAACCCAAUCCCGUACCAAAAUGAGAACAUUUAUUUUGGCAAAGGCCCUCGUGACACUUAUAUCCUGGGAUGGUUGGAUGUAGUUCGCAAUGCUAAGGUCAAGUCUAGGGAUGAGGUUGGUUUAUACUGGGACCAGAAGACUGGAACUUUUCAUUUGAAGAUAUUGCGUCGAGGGGUUUGA